UAUAUUUUGGCAGCCUUCAAAUUCAUCACAGUCAUUAGUUUUAGCGAUCUAAACCCUAAUGAAUUUUGAUACCAAGUCACUCGUAUCUGCAAUGGCAAAGUUUGAUACCAAGCCAUUUGUAUCUGCAAUGGCUUCAAUUGUGUUAAUGCGAACCAUCACGAAUGAAAUCAUUCCUCAUGAGCUUCUUCACUUUUUUCAAUCCGGACUUCAUCAUCUUACUCGGCAUUUUGCCGCGCAAUUCACGAUAGUCAUUGAAGAGUUUCAAGGAAUGGCAAGAAACCAAGUGUUUGAUGCUGCACAAGCCUACCUUGGAACAAAAGCAACUGUCAAAGCUGAAAGAGUAAAAGUCAGCAAAUCUGAUGAUCGUAAAGAUCUUUCAUUCAAUCUUGAUAGGAAUGAAGAAGUGAGUGAUGUUUAUGAAGGUGUUAGUGUAAAGUGGAAACUAGUUUGCAUACAAGUUGAUUCUUCUCGAAUUCAACAUUCGGAUCACGAGUCAUCGUCCGUGUCAGAAAUAAGAUCCUAUGAACUAACUUUUCACAAGAAACACAAGAACAAGAUCUUUGAUUCGUAUUUGCCUUACGUAAUGGAGGUAGCUCAACAGAUUAAACAAGGAGACAUGGCGAUAAAGAUUCACUCGAAUGAAUCUUAUCGCUGGUGUCAUGAACCUGUUAAGUUCAACCAUCCAAUGAGUUUCGAUACUCUUGCAAUCGAUGAAAAGCUUCGAAGCGAAAUUGUGAAGGAUUUGGACAAAUUUGUGAAGGCUAGAGAGUUUUAUAGAAGAACUGGGAAGGCUUGGAAACGCGGUUACUUGUUGUAUGGUCCUCCUGGUACCGGAAAGUCUAGUUUGAUUGCAGCCAUGGCUAACUAUCUCAACUAUGAUAUAUAUGACUUGGAUCUCACUUCUAUAAGAGAUAAUAAGUACUUGAAGGAACUAGUUCUUAGCAUGUCUAAUCGUUCUAUACUCGUGAUUGAGGAUAUCGAUUGCACUAUAAAUUUGCAGAACCGAGAACAAGAUAAAGAAGUGGUUAAUAACGGAUACAAUUUGGUGACACUUUCGGGACUACUGAAUGCUGUAGAUGGUCUUUGGUCAUGCUGUUCAGAGGAACACAUAAUUGUUUUCACAACAAAUCACAAAGAAAGACUUGAUCCUGCUUUGUUAAGGCCGGGUAGAAUGGACAAGCAAAUUCACUUGUCAUAUUGCAACUUUUUUGCUUUUAAGCAAUUGGCAGUGAACUAUCUUUGCAUUACUGAACAUGAACUAUACGAAAAGAUUGAAGAACUUUUAGGACAAGUGAAAGUUACUCCAGCUGAAAUUGGAGAAGUGCUAACAAAGGAUGCUGAUGCUACAGAAUGCUUACAAGACCUUAUCAGUUUCCUUCAAGACAAGAAAAUGAUCAAGGAAGAGACUAAUAUGAAAGAAGAAAAUGUUGUAAUAUAAUAGGUCUUGUUUAGUUUUGUACCAUAAACAUUGGGAUUAUUUUCAGUUGGUCUCUAUCUAAAUUUCAAGUAUUAGUUAUUAUUAUUAUUAUGAAGCAUUGAUUAAAAUGUUCAAAAUAAACGAGAAAAAUCAUUCAAUUACUAUCCCUCUCAGA